AUGGCGGCUGCUAGCGAGUUUCCGACAGAACUGGCGACCCGUCCUUUAGGCCUCACAGCCCUUAUGGGACUUGAUAUUAAUCAGAAACCUUUGCACAAAGCCAUCUGGGAGUCUUUUUCUGUGAACAGGCAUCCUGAGAGAGUUCCACUAUCCUUCAGACUUCUACCAAUUGAUCACGAAUUUCCCAAAGCAAAAUCAAAGGUGAGCUUUCCUAUCGCUUUUAAGUGAAGUCACUCUUAAAUCCUUUGAUUACGUGAAAUUCUUCUUAUUUUGGUUACAUUUAAGCUCUUUCAGUAUAGUUUAUUUAAUAUACUUUUCCCAAUACAUUUCCUAAGGUGCUGACGGGGAGAAUUUGUUAAGCAAUCAAGAACUUUAGUUGGUGAUCAUUUCCUGUAUUCUCAUGACCUUAGCUUAAGGUUUGAUUCUGGGGUUGUAUAGCAAAGAGAAAUUAGAUGCUAAAGGGUUAAAUGGACACUAUUUUUGUACAGCAAGGCUGUCUGCAUAGGAAGCUGCCACUGUUUCAUUUUUCUUAUAUAAUUGUAUAAAGAAAGUUCUAUGAGUGAUUUCCACAAAAUCAUUUAGAAUAGUUUAUCACAAAUCAAUCAUACUCCUGGGUUUUUUUUCCAAAUAAGCAUUCUCUUGCUUCCUUGAGUUCUGACUUUCUUAAACCUUUUACUCCAAAGAUUUCCUUAGUAAUUCUCUGUACUGUCUGGCCUACAAUUCUUAGGAUGUUAGUUCAGAGAAUCUGGAAUUAGAUCAACUAAUAAUCCUCUAAUUUCUUUUUUUUCCUUUUUUCUCAUUGCUUGUUUGCUUGAUAUUGCAUUGAAAUUUUAAAAGUAUUAGUUCUGUCUCCAUCACUCAUGGGAUUUGAAGUGUUAACCCUUUAACUCCUAAGAUCUGAUUGUUAAUUCUCCCCUUCAGCUGCCACAAAUUUCCUUGUAAAUUAGUUAUGAGAACUUGAUGCUAGAUCAAGAUGAAAGCUUCUACCUGAUAAAUUUGAAUAUUCUCAUCACCUGUUUGCUGAAUAAUGUUUGGAUAUCAUAGGGAAAAGUUUCAUGUUAAUCACUUCUGGGAGUUAAAGGUUUAAGUGAACCUUCAUCUUUGUUGGUGUGCAUGGAGUGUCAGUAAUAUUUUCCAUAAGUGAGGGUAGAUACUGCCAUUAGUGGGGUUACUACCAUUGAAAAUCUUAGCAGACAGCCAUAGCAAUGUAAGACCUCUCACAGAAGCAGUAGGCCUCCUGUAACCAGCGUUACUGAAAUCUCUGCUUAUGCGAGUAUAUGCUGGCUUUUUAUUACUGAGUCUUGUUUCCUUGUAGCGUUCUACCUAUGAGUGGUACAUACCAAAGGGUAUUUUGAAGACAAAAUGGAUGCACAAACAUCUUUAUCUCUCUCCUGCUGUGGUGGUCAUGUUUUAUGAGUUGGAUUGGGAUGACGUUCAGUGGAAAGACAGGCAAACUGAAUGUGCUUCAAAACUAGAAAGAGUCAGGUAAUAACAAGAGAACUUGAGAAUGUUAUCUUACCCCUCUAUAACAGUGAACUUUAAUCAGCACUAAUGACAUGACUGAAAAUUAUUUAUAAGUAUUAUGACAAGUGUGGUUUGAUUUUUAGGUAAGAGGGUUCCAUUGUAUGUGUUGAUUUUUAGGAUAUUGUACAACUCAGAAACUUAAUUCCAUGCUCUCUAAUGGAUACACACAGAAUAAUAUAUCAAACAAACACAUAAAUUUGAGCAAAAAACAAUUAGUUUUAUUAACAAAAGAAAAAGACUUUCGUCCAAUCAUCAGCUUAAUUAACAAUUCCUGUGAUUUAGAGUGCUAUUCAAAUGACAACCAUGAAAUAAGUUUGUCAUAACAACAGUAAGUGCUCCUGACACUCCGGAAACCUCCUUCUUUACCAAGUGACAAUCAGAUACUUGUAAGUUAUAAUAAGAACAUUACAACUUUUGAAGUUGUUACUUUCAAACUUAUCAGCUCAUCAAAUGCAAAAAAAUAUACCCAGUACAAUGAAUAAUUUUGUAUUCUAUAACUUCAAUCCUGUAUAUUAAACCAUUCAAAGCAAUCUUUUCAUUUCUGAGCAGGACCAGUCUUCAAGACCAGAACACUAAGGUUGCUGUGGUUCUUAUCCAAAAGAAUGCCCCUCUUCCUCCAGGUAAACAUCAAUAAAUACAUAGAAGUCAAAAGAUGAUGUCAUUAAGUAGAGAGUUUUAGAUCCAUGUUUAGUGUUUUCAUGCUAACGUCAAACCAUAAGUGACUGCCAGGUCUAUCUUAGAAAUCUGCCAGAGGCAUUAUGAUGAGAGUUACAUGUCAUUUAUUGAGCUAGGCAUGGGCUGGAAAAUGGGGAAAAACUGCACCCAAAGUGUUGAGUAUGACCCAAGAGUGGUGUCUGUAAUCAAGGUCAAGGGCACAGUUUCUUCCCACAUAGAAAAACACGAUUGUAAAACUGUAAGAAAAAAAUAUGUUAUUUCAUAUUAGUUCCUGUAUCCAAAGAUUUAAGUACCCUUCAUGGAGGAAAUUUAUGCUAUUAUAAUGAAUCACAGGUGAUGAUUUACAAGCACUAGAGAGGGCAGCAACACUGUGCAGUGCAUGUGACCUGUCAGCCAAAUCAUUGUUUGUCCUUCCACAUACAGAUCACUUGAUUGGCUACACAAUUAGGUAUUCGUUCAAAAUUUAUCAUUUUAGAUUGAUUUUGAUGAGAUUGCUUUUCAUUGAGUUUGCAGUUGAAUGUAAAAGCCCAACCUUUGUCAAAUAUAGUAAAAGAUUUAUUUAGUAAGAGUUUCAUAUUUUUUCUAUCAUAUUUAUUCUAGCUGAUCAAGAAAAGUUUCAAAACAGGACACAAUAAAGACUAAGUUAGUUAGAAUUAUUUGGAAAAAGUGACAGUGAAGUAGAAAGAAAUUGAAAAGCUUUUACAUGAGUAAGCCUCAGACUCUAUUAACCCUUUAACUCAGUCUCAAGAUUUCAUUUUAGUAAUUCUCUUUACUGUCUGCCAUACAAUUCAUGUGAUGUUUGUGUGGAGAAUUUGGAAUUGGAUCAACCAAUAAUCCUCCACUGGAUAUUUUUUCUUUAUUCUCAUUACUUGUCUGCUUGAUAUUGUACUGAUGUGUAAGGAGAAAUUUUGUCUUGGUCACUAGUGGGACUUAAAGGGUUAAACUAACUUUAGACUCACUACAAGUUGUUUAGUUACUUACAUGGGAUGAGAACGUUUUAAAAAUAAGGGAAUAUCUAUCAGAAAAUCAGAUGUUAUCAGCAUUUAUCAAGACUUUCCCAAGAGAGUUAACAGCCUCUCUAUUGAUUUGUGUUUUCAUCUGAUUAACCCUUUAACUCCCAGAUCAAAUUUGUAAUUCUCCUUACUGUCAACCAUACAAUUCUUAUAAUAUUAGUUUGGAGAAUUUUUGAUCAGAUCAACUACUUAUCCCCAAAUUGAUAUUUUUCUUUAUUCUCAUCUCUAAUCUAGUUGAUAUUGUAUUGAUAUUGUAAGGAGAAAUUCUGUCUUGGUCACUCAUGGGAGUUAAACAGUUGAAUGAUCAUAUUACAAGUUAUCGUAGUCAUUCAUGGGACAUGAAAUUCAUGCCGCUUCAAAAUAAAAAAGGAACAGGUUUGAAACUUAUGAGAUAAAUAUUUCUUCUUCUUCUUUUUUUUUAAGGCUGGAGAAUGCUUUUUAUGAUUUAGCACAGAGUUAUUACCAUGGAGAAUGUAGGAGAGUUAAAGCCCACAAGGUGAGGUUGCAAUUCUGGAAAUUUAAGGGAGUAGGGAGAAGGUCAGGUUAUUAAAAUCCCAGCCAGGGGGAAACAACAAGCCUGUACUUGCUUCAUGCUGUGGAAACUAGGGAGAUGCAGUGGCCAAUGUAAUAAACUGUGUCCACUGUUGAAUGGUCCUUGUCUAAAAUUUAUUUUUAACUGUCACUGUCUACAUUGUCUUGUACAUGUAGAUGAAUGACACAGAUUAAAGAUGAGGCCACAGUUUCUGAGUGUCUUGAAUUGAAUUUUCAACUAGUCAGUAAAAGGGGAAAAGAUAGCGUUCUGGUUAGCUUUUGGGACUCUUUGGUUUAACUGCCUUAGUUCAACAUAAAUUCAUGGUAAAGCCAUUGGGUUUUUUAGUAGGACACUCCCCCUGUACUAAGUAAAUUUCUCUUCUCAGAUCAAGGACAGAAAAGUACCAGUAGCUAAAAAUGUCUGUUGGAAAAUGUGCCAAAAUUCUGGGUCAUAUACAUGCCUGUAUAACUUGCCUGGUAGCACAAUGUAAUGUUUCUAUGGAUUACCUUUUCACUAACCAGAAUUACCUUCAAAAUAAUUUUAUGUUGUAGCACAAAAAGUAAAAUUUUAUCAAUAUACGGAAUGAAGAGACACUUAUUAUGUUUUCAUGCUCUUUAUGAUCAUUAGGAAUUUCUUAACAAAGGAACUCAUCAGGUGAGAACUUUAAUUUGCAAAAGUGAUCUUUGUAUGUCAAUAAUUUGAUGUGAUCGAUUCUUCUCAAACUACAGAACUACAUUUAGUUAAAGGCUGAGGGAAAGAGUUACCAAGAAUUCUAAGCAGAAAAAGCUUGUUGAUGUCAGCUUUGAAGGGUGUUACUUUGAAAUGUUUCUCAUUCAGUGUCUUUUUUUUGCUACCCUCAUAUAUAUAUAUAUUAUUAUUAUGGCCUCAACAAUUCAUAAUUCAUUCACCUCACAUGGCCUCAACAAUUCAUAAAUGUCUUAUUUUGCUUCUCUACUGUUGUUGUAGCUAUUGUUGGUGCGACACCAAUUCAAGGUUGCCUUUUUCAAUGAGCUAAGACAAGACCCUCACUCUGCUAUCAAGUAAGUUCGUCAGUAUUUAUUUUUUAAUUGAUCUUGCAAUGACAAUAAUUAGUUGGCCAAAAGGUAGAUCUCAGUGUUUCCCUUUUUUUCAGGAAGGAAAAGGAACUUUCAGGGCUGUAUUAGCCAACUUUCUGUUAAGAGACUUUUUUGAGAAAAGAAAAUAUAAAGAGGAAAAAUAGAAAUGAAAAUUUUGAAAAGGACACCUUGUGAGAAUAUUAAACAAUAUACUUUCAGCUGAUAGCAAUGCUUGUCUCUGAAAUCAUCAGCAACUAGUGUAGGAUUUUCACAAGGUAUCUCAAGGUUUAGAACUAGGACAGUGGAGGAGAAGGAGCAAAUUUUUUUUAUGAAAGAAAAUGACAGAGAGUUAAAAGUUGUUCUGCCUUGCCACAUGACAGCCAAAGACAGUUUACAAAAUUGGCAACUCCUGCCACAGAUUUCUUCCCCCAAUAUUUUCAGUCUUCCUGCCUUGGAGAUCUCUCAACAUAAACUCCCAAGUUAGUUACAUUUGCAUAUUAACAUACCAGACAUCAGCUGAUUGAUGUAAGACUUUUUUAAUUUUUAACCCCAGGCACUACAGGCAAGCAUACAGUCUUCUUGGAGAAAUCAAGACAACUGACAUGAACAUACUAGAGAUCAAAGUUGUUGCUGGAUUUAUUAAUUACAAGGUUUGUGUUUUUUCAUAUUUUAGAACUCUAGUCAAUAUAUAUUUGGUGUAUACCAUUGUAAUAAUAGUUACAUAAAAGUAAUGAUGUGAAGAAGACAUUGUACAUCUUGGAUGAGUUAAAGACAUGAUCUCUUAUCACGUAAUUUUACAUUUUUGGGAUUAUGUACUCCUUUUGUCAAAUAUGCAAGGUAAAUUUUUCACCAGAUACCUUAAUUGUGCCGUUAAAUCAAAAGAUCUCCACCUGUAAUUCUAAGUCUGAGGUGUACAGUCAAGUUGCUCUUAAGUGGGCACCUUAGGGAGGUGGCCAUUUAAUAAGUUUAUUUUAGAAAAAUAUAAUCAGAAAGUUAUGAGUGAACUAUGGUACAGUACUUACUGGUAGUUAUUAAUUCUUGAAAUCAGUUUACCCACUUAACCAUCCAAUUUCAUUUCAGAAUGAAACUACAUUAUAGAAAGUGUCACUUACAACGUUGAUGAAAUAUUCCUUAUUUCUCUCUGAUUUUAUAACAAACCUGUCGGUGACUGCUUAUGAGAAACACAGUACCAAAAAUGUGUCCAACAUUUUUUAAUAUGGUCACUUACAGGAGUGUUUUGGAAACAGUGACAAACAGAAACAAAAUGGUUAUUGGCAGAGUGGUCACAAAAAAACCAAAUAUCUUUGAAAACAUUUGAUGCUAAAUUUAGAUUCAGUGGAAUUUAAAUGUCCUAUGGGACCAAUAUAUCUGGUGAUUUAUAUCCCUCCUACAACAUAUAUUACAGACUUUUGAGUUAUCCUGACAACCAAACAGUAUUAAUCAAUUUUUAUUAAUUGUCUCACAGAUUUGCGUCUAAGUUUCCAAGCAUCAGCCCCAUUAGAUGCCAUAUCACAAUUCAGAAAGCAUGUGGAUUUGUUUAAGGAAAAGGUUGGCUGCCCUGACUUAGCCUUUGAACACUCAGCCUGGCUCUCCAAACAGUGAGUAUUUUUUCUGUUUAGCCUCCUCACUCUUAACUGGAAGGUCUGCAUUCAGUUUGUUUUUUGGGCACUUACAUAUGUACAGCUAAAGUACCUCCCUCCACCCCAGAGUUGAAAUAAGUAUCAGCCAAUUAUGAAGGGAAUUUGAUAAAAAUGCUGGGGGGUGGCGGUAGGGGGUAAUCUACCAGACCUAUAUGUAGCAUCAAAUCCAGAGAGAGAACUUUUAGUCUCUUUAUGCUACAGAAACCAUGAUAAGCUUUGAUGUGGUGAGUCCUCUUUGGUUUGUGUUCUAGAAGGUUUUUGCUUUCAAAGAAACCCAAGCUGUGACCAGGAUCUAACAACUCUUGUUUCUUAACAACAUUAGAUCAAGAACAGGUCAAGUUGAAGUGAAAUUUUUGACUGAACUUUUCUACGUAAUGGAACUGAAAUGAUGAAAACAGGAGACUUUUAAAUAAUUUGUUAGUCAGUUCAAUGAUGAAUAAUUGUCAAAGUUAAUACAACAUGCUGUAUGGUAGGGAAUUAUAGAGGCUUAAUCAAUAACAAACUAUGUGAAAAAUUAAUACAGGUUCAGUUUAUUUGGAGAACUGUUUGAUGAAGCCAUCAGAAAUGGUUUAACCGCCUUACAGGUAACAAUGUAGAAGAUCUGUGUUGGCAUAUUGGUUCAAUGAAUGAAAUAUUUAUUUAUUAGAUCUACAAACAACAAUAGAUCUGUAAGAAGAGAAAGAAAUUCUUACUAAUUAUGUUACUAAGUAUUCUGAAUUGGUAUUUAGAAUAAAGAAAAAAUUGUCUCCCAUUAUGCUAUAUCUCUUAUGAUAAUUGUAUGCAAUAUAAAUGAAUAGAAUGGAGUGUUUUUCUGUUUUAAAGGUACUUUUUUGUCAUCUCUUAACAAUCAUGAUGAUCUUUUCUCCCCUAAUUAAAUUUUGGCUAUAAACAGAGAGAGGCACCUUAAUAAAUAGGAUUGAUGUAAAUGUGCCCAAACAAAUCUGGUCUAGUGACUGAUUAGAGUGUCCAAAUCAGUCAUACUCUCAGAUUCUGGUAAAGACUUAACUGUUACUUUAUCACAGACUCAACACCCAGGAUUUUACUAUCAACAAGCAGCAAACAAUGCCAUUGUCAGGAGACAGCUUUGCCAGGGCUUGUGUCAUGUAAGUAAAAUUAUUAUCAUGCCAGAGGAUUGCUGAGAAAGAUCUGAAGGAACAGUGACAGACACAAACUCAAAGGAGCAAUAUUUUUCUUAUGAAAAUGACCAUUUUUUUAUCAUUAGUUGAAACUUACCAAUAAAAAUUUGAAGACUAGAACUGUCUGACUUAGGUAAUUUUGAAGUACAAAUUAUUUCUGAAGAACUUUUCCUGGAGGGCCUUACCCAGAUAAAUUGGGCUACAUACUUGUGCACAUGAGUGGCCACAGCUACAAUGAAGGUCAAAGUUUGUUCGGACAGUUAUCAAAAACAUAUCCAAUAUACCAACAUAUUACAAAAGGCCAUCUUUUGCCAAUUCAGCUGUGUACACAGAACUCCCCCCCCUCUAACAAUGUUGGUAAGUUUAGGCACUACAUCCUGGUAACGUUUACAAAGCACACAAAAUUUGAAAUUGUUUGGGGGAGGGGUAGGGAAGGUUUUGAUAUAAGUAAUAUUGCCUUAGACUUUAAACCACCCUUGUAGUGUGGGAUAAUGUUGAAUGUAAACUAGUGGCAAGAAAGGGUCAUAGAUUCCCUUCAAAGUACACCUAACCAAAAACUAAUUAACUACCACUCAAAAGGGUUAUUUGUUUUCUGCAUGUAAUUAACUUUUAUUGUUCAUUGAGUCUGAUGAGUUACUUUUUAGUUAAUACAUUGGAAUCUGUUAUUAAUUCAUCUCUAGACUACCACUCCACUUACUAUGAAUCCCUUAGAAAAUGCUGGAAAUCUUGACUUCUAUGGUCAGAGACCUUGGAGACAAGGUUUUCAAGGUAACUGCAAAUAUAUAAUUUUUUUCCUCUGGCAGUGUUUUUUAGAGUAAGUACAAAAGGUGUUGAGACACUCAGUAAUUUUCCUUUGCAAACCAUGUACUGGUUGAAAAGCUCAGUGUUAGAAUUUUGUUCCAUUUGAUAAGAGAAAACUUUUCGUGUAUUAAAAACACUCUGUCAAAAAAAAAAAAUUCUAAAACUUUUUUUUGAGCUUAUUUGAAACUUGAUCUGUUGAGAUGCAAUACUUUCCUUUAAUUUGUAGAACUGCUGGGUUCAUUUGACUUAAUAUAUUUGUAGGAACAGAACCACCAGAUGCAGGAAUAGAGAAGGCUGGAAUUAUAGCCUUGCAGUCCCAAGAAAUCCAAGUGGACCAUUCUGUAAGUGUACUGUAUUGUUUGGCAGACUUUCAUUUCAAGAAAAUUAAGAUCAGAUAAAUGUCAGGGAGAAAUCAUGGUGACAAAUUAAGUUUAAAUGCAAGGUUAAUAUGACUGUAAAUUUUUGGUUGUGCACAAUUGCAUCAAUGAGCUUUCUAGUCAAACCAAAGCAAUAAUUAUGAAUUUGAAAUCCCAAUUGCCAGUAUUACAUAAUACCUUGUUAGCAAAUACUCUUACCAUCAAUCUCUUUAUUUAUGCUAACCUACUUUUAUAUAUUUGUUGAGGUACUUAGAAUAUUUGGGUUAUCAUUCCCCUUCUCAGUAGUAUAUUUGGUUGAGGUACUUAGAAUAUUGGCUCCUUUUUUUUUUUCUCCCAGUGGGUUAUCAUUCCCCUUCUCAGUAGUGCAGUGGCUCAGUUUAAAAAGUACAAAUCACCCAGGAUGAAGAGAUACCUGAGUAAGUUCUCUCUUUUUUCACUUUAACCCUUUAAACCCUAAGAGUGACCAGCAUCAAAUUUCUCCCUAAAAUAUCAGCCCUGAAUCACAUGUUAAGGUCAUGAGAAUAAAGGAAAUGAUCACCAACCAAAGAGGCUUUUGAUUGGUGAACAAAAUCUCCUUGUCAGCACCUUAGGAAAUGUAUAAAGAACAGUAUGGAGAAUAUAUAGACUGAUUUUAGAGUGUAAAGGGUUAAGAACUUAGCAAGAUGCAACUAAAAGCUUUUGUUUCUUCAUGACAAUGUACAUGUAGUGCUUUUAAAAGUUUUUUUUAUUAAAUUUACAAAGCAGAGUGAUAUAGUGUACAUAGUCGAGGUCUAUUGGCUUUUCUUAUCUAAUUAUCAAUAUGACAAUAAUAUGCAAUAAGAAUACUUGAUAAAACAUAGGGAUAUAACUGUACUUUGAAUAGUAGUUACAAUGAUGAUUAAUAUUGCAUAUGGAUAACUGGGCAAGCUAAUCAUUUUCUACUGUAUGCUCUGAAGUUCUUUCAUGUUCACGUUAAAAGCGAGUCUUUUUUGUUAAUUCUGCAGUGGUUCAGAUGGGUGAGGAGUAUUACCAUGCUAGAGAUUACAGUAAAGCCUUAUUGUGAGUGUAGCAUAAGAGAAUGUUUCAGUUUAGAAUCAGUAGUGAUCAAGUAUUGUACCACAGGCAGGCCAGGCCGUUUGAAGCGUCUCCCCACGAAAUUACUUUCGGCCGGAGGCCGUUGCGUGAAAGUAAUUUCGUGAAAAGACGCUGACAUACCACAAAAUGAGUUGAUUAAUAUUCCAUUUAACUUUAUUGAGGAAUUCAGACCAAAAUGUAAUUUAGAUAUGCAUUUUUUAGGGCUUUAUUCAUAACCCUCGUAGAUUUCUUCUUUAAGGUUGUUGGGAAAAGUCACCUGGGAUUACCGCAGAGAAAAAUGGUGGUCACUUCUUACGUCAGUUUUAAUCACAUCACUGAGGUACUGUUGUUUUGUAGUAAGUGAGACAAGAUUUGUACUCUCCAGCUCUUGUUUCUGAGAACUCAACAUGUAAACAUUUUUAGUUGAAAUAAUCUGAAUUUACUUGGUCUUGCAUUACCUUGCUUUGUAAUUGGUCUUGAAAACACGCGCCACCCUCUCAACCAAUCAGGUGUAAAAUUGAAACCAAUGGCGCAUUGGUAACGCGCGUUUUCCCGCGCUUCAGACAGCUUACUUGUUUCCUCUGUAAGUUAUCACUUGUGAUAUUUAUCUUCACUGUGAUUGGCUGUUGGGUUUACCUUGGUUGUGGUUGGCAACACGUUAUUGAAAAGCCCUCAAGCGUGAGAAUCAGGGAUACUACGUCGAGGUUGGUGGAAGUUUGGCUCAUUUACGACACGGACACAGCCAACUCGGACAGACGGAAUAAUUCCACGUCUGUUCAGUUGGACUGCUACAAUGCCAAAAAUCUAAGUUUGUCUUCUUGUUUAACGUCAAAUUAUUGCCAAGAGGUUGUUUAUGAAUAGCAAUUUUAGUGUAAAACGUUCAAAACAGUUUUUCUCAACUUCAAGUUUUAGAUUUAUUUAUUCGUAUAUCCUUAGUCUUCUUAACUCUUGUUGCAGGUGUGCGUACUUGGUUGGCAAUGUGAAGGAAUAUAUCACCCUUUCGCUUGAAUUGACGGGAAGAUGUAUCCUUGAAAAUGCUGCCUAUCAUUUGAAUAACUGAACGUAGUAUUUUUUUCUGGGUGAAGUGAUUCUUUCGGGUAGAGUUAUUUUCAAUGCAAAGUGAUCUGGGAUUGCAUUGGUGUAACUUAGCUUCGUUAUGUUAUUGGUCAAGAAAGCUCGCGCCAUUUUCUCAACCAAUCAGAUGCAAAACUAAAACCAACCACGACUUGGUCUUCCGCGUUUUCCCGCGCUUCAGGCAGGGUGCCUGUUUUUGCUUUGAGUUCCUAUUGUUUCUUCAGGCUAGUCACUCUUAUGGGUUAAAGGGUUAAAUUGGUUUCCAAGUCAGGUGGAGAGGCUGAAAAGCGCCUUCAAAACGCAAGGUAUUCUUGGGCAACCAACUAGUAAGGUUGCAAAAUUUGGGAAUUUUAGGAUAAUAUUGACAUUUGUAGUUGCAUAAAGCUGUACAGAUUUUGCUUAAGUCAAAUUCACUGCGGUGUAAUACGUUAGUAAAACAUCUUACCCAAUAUUUGUUAUUGUAUUAGUGGUAAAGUCCUUGAUUCAAGAAAACAUCAGAUGUUGAAAAUUCACCUGAAGAGAAAACAAGAUGUCAAACUAAUCUUAUUCACGUCAUGUCG